CAUGCCUUCCCCCAAUCCCAGUCCCCCACUCCCUGGACUUUCCCGCUCCCGGCCUCGAUCCUGGAUUCCCUUCCCGCCCCCGCCGCGUGCGCUCCGAUCCCGGGUCCUGCCCCCACGCAGUGACUCCGGUUUGAUCCUGGGAGAAGCUGGUUCCUGCGACCGCCCCUGACAGCUCCGGAAUCGGAGGGACCCAGGCGUCCGCGAUCUCGGUCCCUUCCCACGGUGACUCCCUGCCCUGGUGGGGGAGUUCGGGGAAGCCAAUGGGGACGAAGGGCUGUGCCUGGCACUGGGUUUGUGGGGAGUCAUGGUCCAUGCUGAAGGUAGCCCUGAGAACUGUCCCGAGAUCUGCCCAGAAAAUUCCUUCUGUGUGAAUGCCACCCACUGUACCUGCCAGUCUGGGUUCAAGUCCCUCAAGGAGGCGCUCUACUUCCUUGGCAACAGUGAAGUCUGCGAUGGUAAAGGGGACCCCCAGAGGGGCAUUGACGUGAAUGAGUGCGUAGCACCUGAUCCAGUGAAAUGUGGUCCCGAUAAGCAGUGCAUCAACUUCCCUGGUGGAUUCAAUUGCACAUGUAACCCUGGAUUCACGGCUGAGCCAGGCAAGGAGAACUUCACAAAUACCAGUGGCACCGUGUGUCAGGACAUAGACGAGUGUGUGACACUGGGGCAUGACGCGUGUGGACCCAAUGCCACCUGCAUCAACAUCCCCGGGCGCUACAACUGUGUCUGUGCUGUGGGGUACCAGGCUGAUCCCGGCAAGGAGAACUUCAUGGGGUCCAACAACAACACCUGCCAGGACAUAGACGAGUGCCGGGAGAAUGUCAGUGCCUGUGCCCCCCAUGGGAACUGUAUCAACACCCCCGGGGACUUCAUGUGCACAUGUAAAGCUGGCUUUGCGAAGAGAAAUAAGGGCGAGGCCAAGAUCUGCAUAGAUAUUGACAAACGCAAGAGGCACCCUUGCGACCCCCGGGCCACCUGCAACAAUACACUGGGGAACUACAGCUCCUUCUGCCCCCCCGACUCUGUCCUCAUCUCUGCCAGGGACCCCAGUGCUUCUCACAGGACUGUGUGCAAAAAUUUCUCCUGCUCCUCCCUGGAACAGAUCCUCUGCCCCAAGGGCUGGGAUACCCCCUGUGAGCACAAAGCCAAGGUGGAAAACAUAUGUGGUGCCCUGCGCAGCUGGCUGGAUGCCCAGAAGGCCAAGGAGAUCCUGAAGGACUUCCUGCUGCUGCUGGAGCAUGGCCUGGCCUCCCAGGCCCCCAUGGAGCAGAAGUACUGGCAUGUCACGACCCUGCUGGCAGUAGCUGAGGACCUGAUGCGGCUACUGGGCCCUGUCUUGGGCCCCAGCACCACCCUCAAUACCAGUGCCUCGGAACUGAGCCUGGUCCUGCAGCCUGGGCCCUCUUCCAAUGUGAAGUCCCUGCACCUGGUGCAUGAGGCCGUGGGGCUGGAGCUGGACUGGGCAGUAGCUGCUGAUAAGAGCAAAGGGCCAGCGCUGGCCGGACUGCUAUCAGUGCGGGGCCUGGGGAAGGUGCUGGAGGGUGCAGGCAUCCAGGCCAAGGAGUGGACUGAGAUUGAGAAACAAGUGUCAAAGUGGUCACAAGAGCCAGGUCAAGUACAGUACCGGGUGGUGUCUGAGGUGGCCACCGCCAUCGUCGCCCAUGAGCAGCCACAGGGGCUGCAGUCCCCCGCUAAGCUCAACUUCACCUACAACACCACGGAGAAGAAGCUGUUCUUCCAGCUGCUGUGUGCCUUCUGGGAGCCCCACAGAGCAGGUGGGCACUGGUCCACGCAGGGCUGCCACCUCCUCCAGCCCCCGGCCCCUGGCUCCCCCACUGAGUGCAUCUGCGACCACCUCACCAGCUUCGCUGUGCUCAUGGCUUUCUAUGAGCUCAAGGACUGGCGGCUGGAUGUGGUGUCACGCGUGGGGCUGGCUGUGUCCGUGCUGUGCCUGACGCUGGCUGUGCUCACCUUUCUGCUGUGCCGGUCCCUGCGUGGUUCCCGCACCACCAUCCACCUGCACCUCAGCCUUAGCCUGCUGGUGGCACACAGCCUCUUCUUGCUGGGCAUUGAGCACACCCACAGCAAGGUGGGAUGUGCAGUGGUGGCAGGCCUGCUGCACUAUGCCUUCCUGGCUGCCUUCUGCUGGAUGUGCCUGGAGGGAGCUGAGCUCUACGUGCUGGUUGUGCAUAUCUUCAAGCCUUCAUCCUUCAAGCGUGGCUACCUGCUGCUGGCUGGCUACGGGCCCCCCGCCCUCAUUGUGGCCAUCUCGGCUGCUGCCUUCCCCCAGGGCUAUGGCACUGAGCGCCACUGCUGGCUCUCCCUGGACCACGACUUCCUCUGGAGCUUCCUGGCCCCCGUCUGCCUCAUCAUCACCGUGAAUGCUGGGAUCUUUGUAGUGACCGUGUGGAAGCUGGCGCAGAAGUUCAAUGAGAUCAACCCUGACAUGAGCCGCCUCAAGAAGCUCCGGGUGCUAACAGUGACGGGGCUGGCGCAGCUGUGUGUGCUGGGCACGGGCUGGGUGCUGGGGCUUUUCCAGUUUGGGCCACACACUCUGGUGCUGUCCUACGCCUUCACCAUCUUCAACGCGCUGCAGGGAUUUGGCAUCUUCCUGCUGCACUGUCUGCUCAACAAGCAGGUGCGGGAUGAAUAUUGCCGCUGCUUUCAGGUCUGCCGCAGGGACAGCAAAUACUCUGAGUUCUCCACCACCAACAGCACCAGGGGGCUGCGGCAGGAGUCUGGGAUGUAGCCACUGCCUGGACAUCACCUCUGUUGGACACGCCGCUUUGCACAGGAUACCUCGGCUUGACCACAGCUCAUGGGGGCACCUGGCCUGGACUUCUCUUCCCCCCAAAGGGCAGCAGAGACUGGGUCCUGCCCCAACCUGCGGGGGGUGCUUUUCCUUCCUCCCCUGUGGCCUACAGGGGGUGCUUGACUCCUCCAGAUCCCUCCUGGAUACACUGCCAUGCCCCUAGCCCUGGACCCCUGGGGCAGGGCAGGGGGCCUCCUUGGGUGGUGGUGUGGUGAGCAUGUUUGUUAUUACCCUGAAAUAGAAUAGUUUUCUGAUAGCAUAUUGUUAGGUUAACAAUAAUUACAAUAAAUUCUGAAUUAUUGUAAAGCUUGAAUUAUUGUUAACACAGGUUAACAAUAAUUAACGAGUCUGCACCACCUUUAGAACAACAGAGAUAAAAAGCGGCAAAAGCCACCUGUGAAAAAGAUGGAAUAUGGCAAUUGCCAGAUAAAAGGAUAGUGCUACCUAAAGCAGCCCUUAGACCCGAUCUACAACAGCUCCAUCAAAGCGAGCAUUUAGGUUGUGAAAAACUUGCCACUAUCACUAACAGGCUGUUCUAUGCACCCGGAGUCUACCAGGAAGCAAAAAGGCUUUUAAAACACUACAAUAUAUGCAAAAAGUUUAAUAUCAAAGGAAAAAAAUCAAGACCCCCCUGGAGCCCACCCCUGGGCUUACACUCCCUUUAAAAGACUACAAAUAGAUUUUGCUGAGAUGCCUAAAAACAAUGGAUACAAAAACCUCCUAGUAAUUAUUGACCAACUCACAGGGUGGGUAAAAGCCUUCCCCACCAGAAGAGCUACAGCACAACUAAUAGUAAAAAUGCUCCUUAAUAAAAUUAUACCCAGGUUUGGUCCUCCACAUAUCAUUAAAAGCGAUCAAGGAUCACAUUUUACUGCUGACAUAAACAAAACACUGGCCAGCUGCCUAGGAAUAAAAUAAAAAUUCCAUACCCCUUGGCACCCAAAAAGCUCAGGACACGUAGAAAAAAUGAAUCAUACUCUGAAACAAAAAUUAAAAAGCUAUGUGCUGAAAGCGGGUUAAAAUGGACUAAGACUCUCCCACUGGCUCUUAUGUCCAUCAGAUCCACCCCCAGGAAAAAACUAAAGCUCAGCCCUUACAAACUGCUGUUUAGACACCCUGUCCCCCAACACUUCCCCUUACUACCGGCUCACACUUCUUCUCUUUUAGACAAUAAAGGACUCACCUCUUAUAUUUUAUCUCUACAGUCUCAGUUAAAAUCUCUCCAUAGGUAUGCUGCUUUAAGCCAACCCCUCCCUGCGAAUGUCCCAGCACAUCGCAUCCAGCCUGGAGACUGGGUAUAUGUAAAAACUUGGAAACGGUCUCCCCUUGAACCUAAGUGGCAAGGACUGUAUCAAGUCCUCCUCACCUCCCACACCGCCAUAAAAAUAGCAAAAAAGGACAACUGGAUUCAUUAUACUCAUACAAAAAAGACAAAAGUUUCACCAGAGCUCAGGAUCGGCUCCAAUGCAAGCUUCCCUGACCUGGAAAAAAAAAAGCCAGAAGACGACGACUGUGGACUUCGCGGGAGCACCGCACGCCCACCUGACCGCGACAAGGGUGAGCCAGAAACAGACGAAAAAAUAAACACCUCCUGGACCUACAGCCCAUUAGAUAAUAUAAAACUCAAACUAACCAAGGUCCACUAAUAAACUGUCACCCUUUUGGGGUCCUGCCCAGCCCAGAGAGCACCGAACUCCAAGUACUGCAUCCUCUAGACACUUUUGAAUCAGCUAAAACUGAACACUUUGAGACUAUAACAUGUCCCAAAAGAUCAGUUAUUGGAGCUGCAGGGUUGUGCAUACUGUUUGUGCUGAUUUUGUUAUAAUAUGGUUUUUAUAACUAUGUUAUUUCUAAUCUUUCUGUUUGCUGGAGAAAUAAGUCUUUCACAGGGGUCAGCUAUAGCUACCAGUUGCUGCAGAUGUGCUAAUCCUGGUGCCCGAGGUUUUCCUGUCUGGAUAAGCGAUUCAAUCAAACUCUCUGAUAUAGACGGGAAGGUCAACAUUGCCCGUUGGUAUCCUCCCUCACAUUGUUAUAGUUCAGCAGAAGUUCGGGUAUUUACUUAUGGAACAGAAUAUUGUGUAAAGCCUAGCCACCCAGUUUUCAGACAAUUUACAGAGUCUCCUUAGGCUAAGACUACUCUUAAACCUACUGUUGCCCAUAUCUCUGAUAAUAAUAUGUACCUUAAAUAUGUUAAGAGAGCCGCUAAAGCAGAAAACCAAAGUAACUGUUGGGUGUGCAGUCAUUUUCCUCUCCGCACCCAAGGAGGAAUUCCCAUGACUCCCAUCCCCUUGGGCCCUAUCGAGUCACUUUUAAACCCCUCUAAUAACCAAGCUUGGGACCAAAGUCAGCAGGAAUUCCUUUUAGUAAAGCCUGUUGUUGGAGAUUAGUGUUUCUAUAUAAACUGCUCAGUAUCAGACUGCAUUAAUUUAGACACAAGCAUAUGUCACCACUAUUUUACUAGUUCAAGUGGAGGAGACUGGCGUAAUAAUAACACAGCAACUCCUACCUAUUGCAGCUCUUACAAUGAUUUCUACAACAGCAAAAAUUUAACCAAGGGCACUAAUCCUAUCUACACCCCCAUCUCCUCUUUAAAUAAUACCUUGUGAUAUUGUUUAUACACUGAUACCUCCCGGGAACAAUGCUUCUUCAAUAAAACUACAAAUCCUUCCUUUAAAUCAAAGGGUAAACGCGGGGUGCUAGAAUUAAAAAACGGAGGCCAAAUACCUCCUAAGUAUUCAAACCUUGCUGCUUUAAAAAGACAAUACUGGGUCUGUGGCUCCCACGCCUACCAUAAAAUCCCUGCCAAAGGAAAAGGUAUCUGCUAUCCGGCAAUGCUAAAACCCUCUACGUCCUUCGCCACGCACCUUCCACGGGGCAGGUGGCAAAACAAGAGGGAUUUACAAAAAAGCCGUGAUAUGGUAGACAAAUAUCAAAAAGCUCAACUUACCAAGAAAAUAUUACUCAGGUGUUCCCUUGCAAGUAUGCUCCCAGAAAUAGACACUGUGUGUCUUAAAAAAUUUACAUUAUGCCUCCAAGCUGUGAUAAAAAUCAUGGCUCACUAAUUCAGCGAAGGUCAGAAAGACCUCUCAAAGGCCGUUGCUACCUUGGCUGACACCCCAAAAAAACUCCGACAAAUAAUAAUUCAAAACCGUAUAGCCCUUGAUUUUCUCCUCGCUGCUCAAGGGGGAGCUUGUGCGGUUAUCGGACCAAAACGUUGUGUUUGGGUUAACAGCUCUUUUACAAUAAUACAAACCCACCUCAAAGAUACAGCUGUCCAUAUCCAAAAAGCCGAAGAUGUAGCUAAAAUCCCCAAAGAUGCAUCUCUUAGCUGGCUUACUAACUGGUUCUCUUCCCUUACAGGAUGGCUUAGACCUUUUAUGCUAAGUAUAAUUGAAAUAGUUAUAACUAUAGUCUGCCUAUUAUGUUAUUUCCAGUGUUUAUGCUCUCUAAGACAACAGUUUAUGCAAAGGCAAGUAAAAAUGUAUGGUCAGUUUGUACAAAUAUCCAGCAUCAAUCAUCAAAACCUAACCCCACAAGAAGUUAAAUACCUAAAAGUGUGUUCCAAAAUUCCCUCUGGAAAAUUAAAACAAAGGGAGGACCUGUGGUUAGCAUGUUUGUUAUUACCCUGAAAUAGAAUAGUUUUCUGAUAGCAUACUGUUAGGUUAACAAUAAUUUGGAUUAUUAAGAAGUAUUAGCUUUACAGCUGAAUACAAGGCAUGACCUGUGGCCUAACAAUGCAGCUGACCACAAGGCACAAUGAUAGCUAAGCCUUUGCUUGUGUCAAGUAAUCAUUUUAACCGUGUUAAGCAUUUUCUGAGUUAAAAAGUGGAUCUGUGUCUGUGUGCUGAAGAAUCAGCUACAGCAAAAAGUAAGAUAAGACAGGGAAGCCAUUGUUCUGGGUGCAGUGGUUGUGUCCUUGAGAAGUAUCUACUACUGUGUAAGGUUUUGCUAACAUAUUAUAAUGUUACUGUUACUUAACUUUUAGCUUUUAAAAAAGUGCUAGUUCAGCUUAAUAGAAAUAUGCUGUUAUAAAGAUUUGUAAAGCACCGACCAAAUAUUGCUUUUUUGUUAACCCUGUAAGUCUUGCCUUAUUGUAAUAAGUAUAAAAGAUCGCCUCACCCUUUAUGGGGGGCCAUUUUGCCUUUUGCUCGCAUUAUGGUCUUUGCUGGAGCAAAUAAACAGCUGUGUCUUUA